AUGGCAUUUGUUUCCCUCGUGGAGGUGUUCCACGAAGCAAAAGAACACUUUGAGGAGGUUUACAAAGGCGACUGGGGACUAAUCUACGCUUGCCUCUCUUUCUUCGUUGGGUGGGGCGUUGCUCUCGCCAUGGACCACCUGCUUCAUAAAUACCUGGAUCCUGAAGUGGACAACUCUUGUCCAAGUGCCUUUCUCGAAAAAGGGCAUCCCGAAAAUGAAGAAGAAAUGGCCCAACGACGGUUCGAAGCUGAUACAUUCAGACUUAUGCGAGUUGGCUGGUUCACUGCUUUAGCCCUCACUGUUCACAACAUUCCGGAAGGUCUACUUACGUAUGUAUCUGCUCAGUCUGCAAAUCCAACGAUCGGCUUAGGAAUCGCGGUUGCCAUUGGCAUGCACAAUAUUCCGGAAGGCUUCGCAGUAGCGUUUCCCAUCAUGAUUGCGACUGGAAGUAAACUCAAGGGAAUGUGUUACGCAGCAAUUACUGGAUUUGCCGAGCCCCUCGGUGCUCUGAUAGGUUAUCUAUUUAUUAACCUAAGCGAUGAAAGUUCAAAUCACAAAAUAUUCGGAUGGUUAUUUGGAAUAACAGCUGGAAUAAUGACCCAAGUUUCAAUUUCUUCACUUCUUUUAGAAGCUGCUAGAUACGACCCAGGGGAUAAAAUUGUUUCUCGAGCGUGGGUAUUCGGUGCUAUUGUGAUUGCCCUGUCCCUUGUGGUUAUUCAAGUUACAGACAAAUGCUCAGAUAGAGAGGCCGAGUUCUGCUCAAAGUGGCAAUCGAUAUGCAACUGA